CAGACUACUCUUCCAACAGAGUUCUAAGAUGAGCCUGUUUUCUGUUAGUAUUCUGAGGUAUUUUAGUGGCUGGUAAUUUAAUUGAGGUGGUUUGUUCUUUAUUAUAGUGAACAGGACCACUGCUUUCUCAGGAAUUUGAGCUGACUCAAGUUAUGAUUGCUCCUAACUGCUUUUCCAAGAAUGGAGUGGCUUAUUAUUGAAUUACAUUCUGAAAGUUUCUGAAUGCUGUGCGUGCCACACACAUUAGUGGUGAGAUUAAAGAGCAGGUAUCUGACACUUUUAUUUUAUCUUAUGCAGGGUGUCACAUCCGAGAACAACCAUGGGGUGGAAAAUACUUCCCACCUGCUUGUCACUGCUGCUUCCUGCUUUCUUGAUUCAACAAGUUUCAUCUCAAGAUUUAUCAAGCUGUGCAGGGAGAUGUGGGGAAGGGUAUUCUAGAGAUGCCACCUGCAACUGUGAUUAUAACUGUCAACACUACAUGGAGUGCUGCCCUGAUUUCAAGAGAGUCUGCACUACAGAGCUCUCCUGCAAAGGCCGCUGCUUCGAGUCCUUCGCACGUGGGAGGGAGUGUGACUGUGACUCCCAGUGUAAAAUGUAUGGCAAGUGCUGUGCCGAUUACGACAGCUUCUGUGAGGAAGUGCAUAAUCCCACAUCACCAUCUCUAAAGACUGCACCUCCGCCUCCAGGAGCGUCUCACACCAUCAAAUCAACCACCAAACGCUCACCCAAAUCACCAAAAAAGAAGACUAAGAAAGUUGUAGAGUCAAAGGAAAUAACAGAAGAACAUUCUGUUUCUGAAAAUCAAGAGUCCUCCUCUUCCUCCUCCUCCUCCUCUUCCUCUUCAAGUAUUCGGAAAAUCACGUCUUCCAAAAAUUCAGCUAAUAGAGAAUUACAGAAGAACCCAAAAGUAAAAGAUAACAAGAAAAACACCCCCAAAAAGGAUCCUAAACCAGAACCACCAGUUGUAGAUGAAGCUGGAAGUGGACUGGAUAAUGGUGAGUCCAAGCUCACCCCAACUCCUGACUCUCCUACUACUUCACCCAAUAAAGUUACCACAUCUCCCAAGACUACAGCAGCAAAACCAGUAAGUCCUAAACCCAGUCUUGCACCUAAUUCUGAGACAUCCAAAGAGGCAUCUUCGACUUCCAAUAAAGAGACCACAGUUGAAACGAAGGAGACUUCUGAAACAAAUAAACAGACUUCUGCCAGCACAAAAGAAAAGACUGCUUCAACUAAAGAGAUUCGGAGUGCAGAGAAAACAUCUGAUAAAGAUGUUGCACCCACACCUGAAGUUUCUACACCUACCACCCCGAAGGACUCAGCUCCUACUACCACCAAGAAGUCUAUAACUACAACCAAGGAGCCAGCUCCCACCACCAAGGAGCCUGAACCCACCACCACCAGGAAGCCUGAACCCACCACCACCAAGAAGCCUGAACCCACCACCACCAAGAAGCCUGAACCCACCACCACCAAGGAGCCUGAGCCCACUACCACCAAGGAGCCUGAACCCACCACCACCACCAAGAAGCCUGAACCCACCACCACCACCAAGAAGCCCGAACCCACUACCACCACCAAGAAGCCUGAACCCACCACCACCAAGAAGCCUGAACCCACCACCACCACCAAGAAGCCCGAACCCACUACCACCCCCAAGAAGCCUGAGCCCACCACCCCCAAGGAGCCUGAACCCACCACCACCAAGGAGCCUGAACCCACCACCCUCAAGGAGCCUGAGCCCACCACCCCCAAGGAGCCUGAACCCACCACCACCAAGAAGCCUGAACCCACCACCACCAAGAAGCCUGAGCCCACCACCCCCAAGGAGCCUGAGCCCACCACCCCCAAGGAGCCUGAGCCCACCACCCCCAAGGAGCCUGAGCCCACCACCCCCAAGGAGCCUGAGCCCACCACCCCCAAGGAGCCUGAGCCCACCACCCCCAAGGAGCCUGAACCCACCACCCCCAAGGAGCCUGAGCCCACCACCCCCAAGGAGCCUGAACCCACUACCCCCAAGGAGCCUGAGCCCACCACCCCCAAGGAGCCUGAACCCACUACCCCCAAGAAGCCUGAGCCCACCACUCCCAAAGAGCCUGUAUCCUCUACUUCCAAGGAGCCUGAACCCACCACCACCAAGACCCCUGCUGAUGUAACUCCUGAAUUUGCUGAAGCACCCACACCAAAGGCUCCUGAAAACAAUCCCAAGGAGCCCAAAGUACCAACAACCAAGACUCCUGAAGUAAGCAAACCUGAAAUGACUACAAAAGCUAGUGAGAAGACAAGGGAAACUACAACUGCUGCCCCUAAGAGGACAGAAGAGACUACUGAAUCAAAAGCAAGUACCACCACAGAAAAAACACCUACCACGCAAGAUAGCACAUCACCCAAAAUUACCACUCUGAAAGCAACAACUCUUGUACCCAAAGUAACUGCUCCCAAAGUAACUGCUCCAACGGAAGAGACUCUGAACAAACCUGAAGAAACAACCCCUACACCAGAAGAUUCUGAUGACUCUAAGACAACUCUAAAACCACAGAAACCAACCAAGGCACCCAAGAAGCCCAUGUCUACCAAAGCACCCAAGAAGCCCACCUCUACCAAAAAGCCAAAGCCAACAAAAGUGAGAAAACAAAAAACUACACCAUCUCCUCUAAAGACGACUUCAACACCUAAACUGAAUACCACACCUCUACAAGUUGUGGUGCCAACCACCACAAACAGCCCUAAACAAACUCCAAACUCAGAAACAGCUGAAGUAAAUCCAGACCACGAAGAUGGGGAUGGAGGUGAAGGAGAAAAACCUCUCAUGAUUCACAGGCCUCCUGUGCUGCCUCCCAUUGUUAUUGCAGGCACUGACCACGUGGCCGGGGCACUCAACCACGGCAGUAACAUCCAUCCCAUGCUUUCAGAUGAGACCAACUUAUGCAAUGGGAAGCCAGUGGAUGGACUGACCACUUUGAGAAAUGGGACAUUAGUUGCAUUUCGAGGUCACUAUUUCUGGAUGCUGAAUCCAUUCAGACCUCCAUCUCCACCCCGCAGAAUUACAGAAGUCUGGGGUAUCCCCUCCCCUAUCGACACUGUUUUCACUAGAUGCAACUGUGAAGGAAAAACUUUCUUCUUUAAGGAUUCCCAGUACUGGCGAUUCACCAAUGAUGUACAAGAUGCUGGGUAUCCUAAACAAAUUGUGAAAGGCUUUGGGGGACUAACAGGGAAGAUAGUGGCAGCUCUUUCAGUAGCCAAGUACAAUGAAAGGCCUGAAUCUGUAUACUUCUUCAAGAGAGGUGGUAACAUCCAGCAGUACACUUAUAAACACGAGCCCACGAAAAAGUGCACUGGAAGGAGGCCUGCUAUCAACUACUCAGUGUACGGGGACACUGCGCAGGUCAGGCGGCGCCGCUUUGAGCGUGCUGUUGGACCUUUCCAGACACACACCUUCAGAAUCCAUUACUCAGUGCCCGCCAGAGUCGUUUAUCAAGACAAAGGUUUCCUCCAUAAUGAAGUCAAAGUGAGCACAAUGUGGAGGGGGUUUCCAAAUGUUGUUACCUCAGCAAUAACACUGCCUAACAUUAGAAAACCUGACGGCUACGAUUAUUAUGCCUUUUCUAAAGAUCAGCACUAUAACAUCGAUGUGCCUACUAGAACAGCAAGAGCAGUCACCACUCGCCCUGGGCAGACCCUCUCCAAAGUUUGGUACAACUGUCCUUAGAGUGAUGGUGGGCAAAGAAGAGUCAUCAGAAUGAAAUGAAGAA